AUGUCAGGGUUCUUUAAUCCGUUUGCAAAGAGUCACCUCAACCAGAAACUUGACACGGCUUUCUCGAGCAAUGAGAACGACAAAAAGCGACACUACAACCAGCGAAUUAUUGAAGUCGAGCAUGGCUCCUUCAGCCCUCUCGUAUUCUCACCAUAUGGUGGAAACGGUAGAGAAGCCGAGCGAUCUCUUACCGAACUAGCUCAAAAGAAGCAGAUGGGUUAUAGCAUUGUGAUUCAUUGGCUGAGAGUAAAACUAUAUUUUAACCUAUUGAGAUCAGCAGUUUUAUGUUUAAGAGGCUCCAGAACAACUAAACAUGAGUUGAACACCGAUUUUAGCAAGGCAGAAAUCGCAAAUGUGAUUGGAAAGAUAAAGUAG